AUGGAGAACAAGAGAGUGAUGGGGGAGGAGGUGGUGGUGAUAGUUGGAGCUGGGCAGUCCGGGCUUGCGGCGGCGGCGUGCCUGACGGAGCUGUCGGUGCCGUGCGUCAUCCUGGAGCGCGAAGAUUGCAUCGCCUCCCUCUGGCGCAACCGCUGCUACGACCGCGUCUCCCUCCACCUGCAGAAGCAGUUCUGCCAGCUGCCGCACGCGCCGCACCCGCCGGAGACGCCGAUGUACAUUCCCAAGCAGGACUUCAUCCGGUACCUGGAAGACUACGCGGCGCGGUUCCGCCUCCGGAUCAACCUGCAGCGCAAGGUGGAGUCGACGAAGUACGACGAGGAGGCGGGGAGGUGGCGGCUCGUAGCGACGAACGGCGAGGACGGGAGCAUGGAGGAGUACGUGGCGAGGUACGUGGUGGUGGCGACCGGGGAGAACGACGAGAUGGUGGUGCCGAAGAUCCCGGGGCUGGAGGGGUUCAGCGGCCCGGUGGUGCACUCGAGCCUGUACCGCUCCGGUUCGGAGUACAAAGGCAAGUCGGUGCUGGUGGUUGGGUGCGGUAACUCCGGCAUGGAGGUGGCGCUCGAUCUGGCCGAGAAUGGCGCCACCACUCACAUCGUAGUAAGAAACAAGUUCCACAUUGUAACCAAAGAGAUAUGGGUAAAGGCCAUGAUUCUAAGCAGAUUAUUUCCAUGUAAAGUAGUGGACGCCGUCAUUCUCCUACUAUGCCAUCUAGAGUUUGGCAGUCUGGCCAAGUAUGGCAUCCGCAGACCGGCAAAGGGACCGAUGUAUCUCAAGGAGCACACCCCAGUGUAUCCUGUCCUGGAUUGUGGCACAGUGAAGAAGAUAAAGUCUGGAGACAUAAAGGUUUUACCUGCGAUAAAGCACAUCGAAGGAAACGACGUGACGUUCUCCGAUGGAAGAACUCAGCACUUCGACGCCAUCGUUCUCGCUACAGGCUACAGAAGCACAGUGAAGAGAUGGCUCAAGGGUGAUGACAGUCUUAUCGACGAAACUGGAAUGGCGAAGCAGACGCACCCCAACAACUGGAAAGGGCGGAAUGGACUUUACUGUGCUGGGCUUUCAAGGAGAGGGAUUUAUGGGUCUGCAGAAGAUGCAUUAAAAAUAGCUAAUGAUAUUGGUGACGACUACAAGCAUACACAAUGA